AUGAUAACAACAGCUGAGGCUACAACAACAACAGCCAUCCCCACAACAACUACAGCGCCAACAACCAGAAAUGCUACCGACACAACCACAUCUGCACCAACAACAACCACAGCUGUUCCUACAACAACCACAGAUGCACCCACAACCACCACAUCUUCUCCGGCAACAACAACAGCAGCUCCAACGACUACAACAGCUUCCUCUACAACAACCAUAGCUGAUCCCACAACAACAGCAGAUACUACGACAACAACUGCUGCAGCUACAACAAUCAAAUUCUUCCCCACAACAACCAGAGCUGCUCCAUCAACAACCACAGAUAAACCCACAACAACUACAUUUUCUCUGACAACAACUACAGCAGCUCCCACAACCACAACAGCUCCCCUUAAAACAACCACAGAUACACCAACAACAACAACAUCUUCCCCGACAACAACUACAGCAGAUCCACCGACCACAACAGCUUCCUCUACAACAAGUACAGCAGCUCCAACAACAACCACAGCUACUGCUUGGACAACAACAGCUGCGGCUAGAACAACCAAAGUCGUCCCCACAACAAACACAGCUGCUCCCACAACAACCACAGAUGCACCCACACCAACCACAUUUUCUCUGAAAACAACUACAAACAUCAGCUGCUCCCACAACAACCACUGCAGCACCAACGAUGACUACAGCUGCUCCUACAACAACCACAGAUACACCAACAACAUCUUCUCCAGCAACAACUACAGCAGAUCCAACGACCGCAACAGCUUCCUCUACAAAAAGUACAGCAGCUCCAACAACAACCACAGCUAUUUCCACAACAAACACAGCUACUGCUACGACAACAACAGCUGCGGCUAUAACAACCAAAGUUGUCCCCACAACAACCACAGCUGCUCCCACAACAACCACAAAUGCACCCAUACCAACCACAUUUUCUCUGAAAACAACUACAGCAGCUCCCACAACCACAACAGCUUCCCCUACAACAACCACAGCUGCUCCCACUACAACCACAGCCGGAGGAACGACGACCACAGCUGCACUCAUAACAAUAACAGCUGCUCCAACAAAAACCACAUCUUCACCCACAACAACCACAGUUUUUCCCACAACAACCACAGCUGA